AUGAACCAACAUAAAAUUGUAAAUUAUGAUUACAAGCCAAAUACGAUUUUAAUAGUACAAGCGGGCCCUGGUACUGGUAAAACUUAUACUUUAGCACAAAGGAUUAAUAAAUUACUUGAUGAUAUUAAACCAGAAGAAAUAUUAGUAUUAUCUUUUACAAAUAAAACUGUUGAUUUAUUGAAAAAAUUAAUUAAUGAUGAAGUUAUUGUCAAAACAUUUCAUGGUUAUGCAAGUAAAAUUAUAGAAAAAUACUACAAACCAUAUUUUCCAAAUAGAGUUUCAUUAAAAUUAUUAGAUGAAAUUUCAUGGUCAAGCUUCAAAAAAUUAUUUAGUUUUGGAAAUAAAUUUGAUCUUGCGGUUAAAGAUGUGAAAUUUGGUUUAUCAAUUGAAGAUGCUGCAAAAAAAUAUAAAAUUAAUGGUGGUAAAUUAAAAAAUGUUAUAAAAUAUUUAAAUGAAAAUGGUUUAGUUAGAUAUUAUGAUUUUUUAUCAACUGCUAUUGAAAUUUUACAAAUUUCAGAUGGUCAAAUUGAUGAAAUUGCUAAUAUAAAAGUUGUUAUUAUUGAUGAAUAUCAAGAUUUACAUCCUGAAAUUAUAGAUUUUAUUGAAGAAAUUGCCAUGUAUGGUUCUCCAAAACAUCUUACAUUUUUAGGCGAUAAACAGCAAAAUAUUUAUGAAUUUAUUGGUGCUAAUUCAACGUUACAAGAAAAUUUAUUUCAAAGAUUAGGAAAGAGAAAAGAGUUAUAUCUUAAUCAAUCAUUUAGACUUACUCCUGAAAUUGUGGAAUAUGUAAAGAAAAUUCAUCCAGUUGAAAUUACAUCAAUGAAGGAAUCAUUACAUUCACCUAUAAUAUUUUCAGAUCAUUAUUUUAUAAUUAAGGAAAUUGAAAGAUUAAUUCUUGGAUCUGGUGGGUUAAUAAAGUUUGAUGAUAUUUUGAUACUUGCUAGAUCAAAUGCACAAGUUGAAGAAAUUGGUAAAUUAUUAAAAAAUUAUCUGUUACCGGUAAGUUUGAAAUUGGAUCCUCAAUGGAUGAAAUCUAGAAUUUAUAUAUUUUUAGAUAUUCUAAAUGUCUUGAAUGAAAGUCAUGGUAGUGAUUUUGCAAUAUUAAGUAUCUUGAUGAAAUUGGGUUAUCCAAAACAAAAGUUAAACAAAAUUUUUAAAAAAUAUGUAAUGAAUAAACAAGCUAUUACACAUUCAUCAGAAAUCAAAAGUUUUACAGAUAUCCUAAAUGAAGUAAAAAAUUUGACAACUCCAUUAGAUGUAAUGUUAUCAUUAUCAAGAAUUGUAAAUCGCGCUUCAAUGUUGAAAGAAUAUAUAAAUCAUGAAUCAAGUCAAGAUAUUAAAAGUUUUUACAAUUCAUUAAAGAGAAGUUAUAAUGAAUCACCAAAUGAUUUUAUAAAUCACUUUUUAUCAAAUUAUAUAAAUGAUUAUGAAGAAUGUAAUGCUGUUAAUAUUUCAACAAUUCAUAAAGCAAAAGGGUUAGAAUAUCCAAUAGUAUUUUUAUUGAAUCCAAAUAUUGAAAGAAAUUUGAAAUAUGUGGCUGCAACAAGAACAAAAAGUUUAUUAUAUAUACAAGGUGAUAAAACUGAAAAUACAAUUAAUGAAGAAGUUAUAAGAAAAGUGACAAAUGAUUUAGGUAGAAGAUUGAUUUUAAAUAAUGUUGCUUUAGGUAAAAAAGUUUUGCAGAAGUUGAAAUGA